UCAGGUCCCGCCCCUCGUCGCGAGCCUAAAGUGUGUUGACGGACUGGUUUUAACUCCAGCUUGUUCAGACGCAGGCUAGUGAGUUUCUACGUUUCUUCUCCUCACACAACGACCGAGCUUACCAAACACCAUGAACACUUUAAUCAGGUCUACUGCGAGCUGCCUGCGGUCCGGGGCGGCGCUCUAUCUGCCCACACAGGCCGGCGGACGCGUGUGGUCGGCCCCGGCCCGGUUCCUGUGCUCGGCGGCGGACCGCCAGAAAGACCUUGGUGAGAUGGUGAAGAAGGACAAAGUGGUGGUGUUCAUGAAGGGGACGCCGGCACAGCCCAUGUGCGGCUUCAGUAACGCCGUGGUUCAGAUCCUGCGGAUGCAUGGGGUGGAAGAAUAUGCUGCGUACAACGUGCUGGAGGACCAGGAGCUCAGACAAGGAGUCAAGGACUUCUCCAACUGGCCCACGAUCCCUCAGGUGUACUUCAACGGCGAGUUUGUCGGAGGCUGCGACAUCCUGCUCCAGAUGCACCAGAAUGGAGACCUGGUGGAGGAGUUGAGCAAGCUGGGCAUCAGCUCUGCACUGCUGAACGCUGAAAAAGAAUCCAAGUAGAGGAAGAGGACGAACUUCAAACAGCUGACAAGACAGAGGACACAUUUAUCAGGUUGAUUCCCCCCUCCCCCCCGCUCAGAUGAUCGCAGAUAAAUCAACUCUAUAGGCAGCCAUGGGCAACACCGACCCACCUUCUGGCCAAUACGUCAGAGCAGAUAUGUGACAGGUGUAAGCAGCUUUAGUGGCAGCACUGUAUCUUGAGUCAUGACUAUUUCUGUUUAAUCAUGUUCCAUAUCUAUAAACAGAGCAAACGGAGCUCCUGCUGCACUCCUUCUACUAGAUUCAGGUCCUCUAAGUUUGCACAGAUCAUGUAUCUGCCUUUUAAUAAACAAAAAUAACAAAAGAGACAGUGUCUUUACAGAUCCAAAAUACCCAUAUUUCUCAUCUUCUCUUCAUAGCUGCAGGGGGGGGGCUGUGGGGGGGUCAGUGGGGACAACACAAUGCUUUAAAACCUUUUUAAAGUUGAUUCUGUUAGCAACAUUAGCGUUCAUUUGGAGCUGCGUUUCUGGUCACCUGAUGGAUAUAAUAGAACAUUUACUCUCCUUCCAGCUCCCUUUUGAUUUCCAUCAGCUUCUGAGAAAAAAAUGCUCCACUGUGUCUACAAUCUAGUUGCUAACUUUCUCUGUCUGCCAUUUGGUGCUGGGCAGGUUAGCGUACACUGUGGUCAUCAAAGGUUUUUGCUGACAGCUGCCUCCUGUAGCCAAAAAACAAGUGAAAAUGAACUGAUAGAUGCAACCAAGCUGUAUAUUACUGAGGGAAACUGCAGUCCGGUAUUUAACCUCUUUCACAUUACACAUUGAUCCACUGAUUACAGCAGCUUUAAUAUUUCCCUGUCACUCAAGGAAAAACUUUGAUAUUUGACCCCUAUCUCCUACAUUUUAAAUACUUUUCUAUCACAUCUUGAUUAACCAAGUUAAAUACUCUAAUUAAAAAAAAAAAAAAGGAAAAAAAAAAAAAACAGUCCACACCAGCAUGGUUGUUGAAAUCAGGCUACAUGUGAUAAAUACAGUAAUGAACGUCUGACAACACUUCACAUCGAGGUUGGACUUCCACUGCCAGAGGGAGACUGUAGGUUCCCUCCCUGUGUUUUAAUUUACCUCUACUGUCCACCUUCUGUCCCCCAGCCACAGUCUGUGUAAGACCAAAUGAGCCUCAGGGUGCACCAAGACUAGGUUCAGAUCUUUACAACGCUGCUUGGGUCGCACAAGGAAAAGAUGUCAUCAUACUGGAAACCUUCCAAAUGCACUGCCUGUGACUACUAGAGGGAAGAACAAAGAGGGGACAGGGCUGAUGUAUAUGUUAGGAGUUAAUAGAUGUUUAAUAUCUGGCUAAUUACAUCUGUUACAAAUGUCCUUUUGGAGUGGAGGUGACUGAAGACAUGCACCUUGCCUCACAGACGUCGGUACACUACACCAUGUCCCCUACUUGUUCUUCCUGCCAGGAACCACGUUGUGUACGUGUCCGCUCUGUUCGAUUGUCGACACCCGCUGAAACGCAACAAACACACCGGGAUACCUUUUUCUCUUUUUCUUGAACGACUCAUUUACAGCACAUUUGGACAGCAGUUAUAUUAAAAGGUCUGUUGCAUUUGUCCAAGUCUGUAGUAUUUGUUCAUUUGUCACUGAAGAAAAAGUGGUUUUAUUUUUAUUUUGAGGGGUGGGCAGUUUAUUUGCUGGUUUUUGAGUUUUCACUGAGCCCCUGAUAUGUAUCAAUCCUAGAUGUUCUUCCUGCUGCACGCAGUUGUAUUAUCAAAGCAAUGGUCAUGAGGUACACUGUAAGAUAUUGUACAUUGAAAGCAUAUUAUUAAAUGUAUUUUAGCUGCAUGUAAACCCUGCGCCAAUUAAAUAUUUUGUGACACAAACAACAA